GCCCGGCCGGACAAGUUUGUUUCCCGGGUGCGGAGCUGCGGCUGCGGCGCGCAGGUGCUCUCGGCGGGGGUCGGGAUGGAGCUGCCCACCGUGAACCUGAAGGCCAUCCUCCUGGUUCACUGGCUGCUGACGGUCUGGGGCUGCAUUGUGUUCUCGGGCCCCUACUCCUGGGCCAACUUCACGGUCCUGGCCCUGGGCGUGUGGGCCACGGCCCAGCGGGACUCGGUGGACGCCAUAAGCAUGUUCCUGGGCGGCCUGGCGGCCACCAUCUUCCUGGACAUCAUCCACAUCAGCAUCUUCUACCCGCUGGCCAGCCUGACGGACACGGGCCGCUUCGGCGCGGGCAUGGCCAUCCUAAGCCUGCUCCUGAAGCCGCUGUCCUGCCUCCUCGUCUACCACAUGUACCGGGAGCGUGGCGGGCAGCACCUGCUGGACACGGGGCUCCUGGGCCCCUCGCAGGACCGAAGCACCUACCAGAGGAUCGAUGCGCCCGAGUCCCCCCCAGACCCCUUCGCGGGCCAGGAGGCCGCGGGUCACACCCCACAGGGCUACUGAGCGCCCACUGCACCCGGCCCCAGCCCGGCGGAGACUGCAGAAGAGGCCGCGUCGUGGCCACCCUGUGCCUUGGCCAUCGCUUGGGGGUGCGCCUGACCCCUUCCUCGGACCUCACAGGACCGUGACCUGCCCUUCUCC